CCCCAAACUUUGGAACGGUAGUGUAUGUCACGCCUGCUCCCACUCCCCCUCUCUGGCACUCGAGGGCGCCAGGCUGCUCUUCAUUACGCACACCAGUCACCAUCAUUACGCGCAUUAGCGCGUCAUUGGAUUCACCUGGACCACUUCACUUUCUUGAUUGCCCCCUCUAUAUCUGUCUGUUCUUCAGUUUGAUCCAUGUGUCAGCAUUAAUGUCGCUUUGUUUCCCCUGUCCAGACACUGUCUGUGUUUUGUUUCUUGUCCGUUAUUUAUUAAAUGUUCACUCCCUGUACUUGCUUCUCGUCUCCCAGUGUCUGUCCUUACAGAAUGCUGACACCAAUGUUGGGAGUUGUUUUGUUUUUUGUUUUGGUUGGUGAUGUUGGGUGCGGCUGCCGAAGGAACCGGGGAUGCCUCAGCUGGCUCGUUGGGCUUCCAUGCCUUAGCUGGCUCGAGAGGUUUUCUUGCCUUGGUUGGCUCGGCAGGCUCCCAUCCCACGUCAUGCUUCAGCCGGCUCGGCAGGCUCCCACGCCUCAGCCGGCUCGGCAGGCUCCCACGCCUCAACCGACUCGGCAGGCUCCCACACCUCAGCAGGCUCGGCAUGCUCCCAUCUCACGUCAUGCUUCAGCCGGCUCGGCAGGCUCCCACGCCUCAACCGACUCGGCAGGCUCCCACACCUCAGCAGGCUCGGCAGGCUCCCAUCCCACGUCAUGCUUCAGCCGGCUCGGCAGGCUCCCACGCCUCAGCCGGCUCGGCAGGCUCCCACGCCUCAACCGACUCGGCAGGCUCCCACACCUCAGCAGGCUCGGCAGGCUCCCAUCCCACGUCUUGCUUCAGCCGGCUCGGCAGGCUCCCACGCCUCAGCCGGCUCGGCAGGCUCCCACGCCUCAACCGACUCGGCAGGCUCCCACACCUCAGCAGGCUCGGCAGGCUCCCAUCCCACGUCAUGCCUCAGCCGGCUCGUCGGGCUCCAACGCCUCGGCCGACUCGUCGGGCUCCCAUGCCUCGGCCGGCCCAUCAAGCUCGCCCAGGUGGGAUGCCUGGGUGGCGCCCCUAGGGGGCGGGGUAAUGUCACGCCUGGGCUGCCCAUCAUUACGUACACCUGUCACCAUCGUUAUGCGCAUCAGCACUUCAUUGGACUCACCUGGACUCCAUCACUUUGUUGAUGGCCCCCUCUAUAUCUGUCUGUUCCUCAGAGUCAUCCCGUGUCAGCAUUAAUGUCGUUAUGUUUCCCCUGUCCAGACGCUGUCCGUGUUUUGUUUCUUGUCUGUUAUUGAUUAAAUGUUCACUUCCUGUACUUGCUUCUCGUCUCCCAGCGUCUGUCCUUACAACAUAGGCUGUUUUCAACCGGAGUUGUUUUUUGCGUUCAGUUGCUCUUUAAACAAAAUAUAUUGUGUCAGUGGUAUCCUGAAUGGUUUCUCAUCAAAUCCUAUUUUAUUGUGUAUAAUGACCAAAAUUACAGCAGGAUUGAUAUUUGAAUGGAAUUUGGUCUGCGUUUAGUCUAUCCAAUUUGGUUCCAGUAGUAGAUGUCCAGUAUGGAUAUUAGGAUACUGUGCUGUUGUUUUAGUGUGGCAACACAUUUGGGUGGUCAGUUGACCUACUACAAUGGACUGUACUGCAGGGCUCUGGUGACUCCACUGUGGCGUCUGACUCAGACAGUCCACUGACACCAUCAGGAAAGCUCUCCCAUGCUGGCUACUGUGCCACUCUCCUUUUCUCUUCUCUUACCUUCUUCUCUUUCCUCUCUGUCCUGGUUUCCUCUCUCCCACUCUCCUUUUCUCUUCUCUUCCCUUCUUCUCUUUCCUCUCUGUCCUGGUUUCCUCUCUCCCACUCUCCUUUUCUCUUCUCUUCCCUUCUUCUCUUUCCUCUCUGUCCUGGUUUCCUCUCUCCCACUCUCCUUUUCUCUUCUCUUCCCUUAUUCACUUUCCUCUCUGUCCUGGUUUCCUCUCUCCCACUCUCCUUUUCUCUUCUCUUCCCUUCUUCUCUUUCCUCAGUCCUGGUUUCCUCUCUCCCACUCUCCUUUUCUCUUCUCUUCCCUUCUUCUCUUUCCUCUGUCCUGGUUUCCUCUCCCACACUCUCUUUUUCUCUCUUCUGUUAUAGUGGACUCAGUGCCUCCUUUUAUUUAAUUUAUUUUAACCUUUAUUUAACUAGGCAAGUCAGUUAAUAAGACAAAUUCUUAUUUUACAAUGACAGCCUAUCCCGGCCAAACCCUCACCUAACCCGGACGACGCUGGGCCAAUUGUGCACCGCCCUAUGGGACUCCCGAUCACGGCCGGUUGUGAUACAGCCCGGGAUCGAACCAGGGACUAUAGAGACGCCUCUAGCACUGCGAUGCAGUGCCUUAGACCGCUGCACCACUCAGGAGCUUUUAGUGUCAUAGUUCUACAUCAUAUUUCUACAUCAGUGAGCAUCAAUGGAUCCCUGUUUGUAGUCUGCACUCCACAAAGGGCCAUAUUAAUUUUUAAAGAGAGAUUGUGAAAAGCAAUCCCUUAUCUGAUCAAUAAUAAGGCAUGCAAGACUGAUCAGCUUCUUCUAUGCUUUUUGUGAGAGAGAGGACAGUGCUCUCAAGUGUGCUGUGCAGGUUGCCUCGUUGUUGGGGACAGGGCGGCAGGAAGGAAGCCUGGGAUAGAGCAUAGUGAAGAGCGGCAUAGGAAGGAAUGGCUAUGAGGAAAAUACGAGCGUGGAGAUGCAUUGCCUUUGGCAGCAAUGAAUAAACAUGAGCUCUCUUGAUCAAAUAAGGAACUGCAAGGCUGCUGCGCAAGGUAUUUCUCCUAGGAGAUGGAGGAAGCAAAGGGAAUGACAUCGGGGCUGACAUCUCGGUUCCCCCAGCAUUCCUCAGCAUGGAGGGUUCAGAGCUUUAGGGGCAGAUCACAAUUUACUGUGGGGGGGGUCUGAAUAAAUGGGUUGGAUGGAUGACUUCGAUAGUCCAGCAAUCGAAUUACAAGUCAUUCAUAUGCUAAUAAUCCAAAUAUUCUGCUUAAAUAGAUCUUGCACUGCUACCCUCAGCAUUCACUAUUCUUAUUGGAGGUCAGAACAGGAAAUGGAACCUGAAUUUAUCCUUUCUGUGUGUGGAAAAAAUAUUCUGCCGCAUGGAUACACCUACAGGCGGGAACGACAGACUGCAAAAUAAGUCCUCCUGGAAGUGCACUGAAUAUGAUGUUUUUCGAAUGCUGAGGUCGCAUAACCCUCACUAAUGGGGUUAUCUCCAAGUUAUCUGAAGAUCACAAGAAAGACAAUGUUUCCCAUAGAAUUAUGGAAGUGCUAUGAUGCUGUCCUGCAAGACUUGGUGGAGACCAACAACAGAGUGGAGGGCUGGCAUCGUAAAAUGUAGGCAAAUCUUGGCAUAUAGAGGCACUGCAACGACAGCAGCAAAGAGGUGAAAUGAGAAUGGAGCAGCAACUUGCUGGUGUUCCACCGCCAUGGCAAAGACCCCACUACCGCAAGCAAUAGAAGUAUCUGAAGUCACUGGUUGAGGAGUAUACGACUCAAUAGCUGGAGUCUUCCCCGAAGAGAAAAAAUAGGACCUAGCCUACUUGGACACUUGUUCGUGACACUUAUCAAUUUCAACAACUCCAAAAUCCUUAUCAGACCAGAACACAAAGCACAUUCUUGGACGAUUUGUUCAUGAACUGGUUUUUACGGAAGAGCAUUGUUAUGUAACCUACUCAUAUUUUUGGGUUACUUGUUUUAGGCCUACUUGUUUUUGCAUUAUCAUUUUUUGUAUUUUGAUAAGCCUUUUUUGUUGAUAACUAAAUGUUUUAUAGUGAAUGGUUGGUGCUAAUGGAUGGUGCAAAAACAAGAUAAAACUAAAUCCAUUCUUUGAAACAAAAAUACAUUGUAGAAACUAGAUACAGGCCUUCAGCCUUUAUGUAACCAUAUGAAUUAAUUUAUAUACAAUAUUCUGCCAAUAUGAACUAAUGUAUAUAGGCCUAGCCUACAAUAUUCUGCCCAUAUGAACUAAUGUAUAUAGCCCUAGCCUACAAUAUUCUGCCCAUAUGAACUAAUGUAUAUAGGCCUAGCCUACAAUAUUCUGCCCAUAGGAACAAAUUAAUUGUAGGCCAUACCUGAACCAAUUUCUGUAGGCUAUAUAUAUAAUAUUUUGCCCAUAUGAAUGAAUGUAUAUACAAUAUUGGUAGCCAUGUGUGAUUUAAUGAAUAGCAGUAAACAUGCAGUGCCUGCCCAUAUGAACGAAUGUACCUUAUAGGCUAUAUAAUAUUUAUAGCCAUUCAUAAUUUAAUGAAAAGCAGUAAACAUUGUUUGGCAUGAUUUAAUAACAGACUCAUAAACAGAAUCACGCAAUAGGCUACAGCUCACUUCACAGCUUCCCCUGUGCUUCACAGCUUUCCCGGGAAACUCCAUGUAUUGUAGCCUCACCCCGACGAAAGAUCAACUUCUGCAGUGUUUGCGUUAAAAUAUUGCAUGUUGCGGUGGUGCAACAUGUAAGUGUAGAACUGUCCGUUAAUUAAAGCUCACUACAAGCGCUAUGCAGACACAAGACAGAGUGUUGCAAUGUUGUCACACAUCCUUGUAAUAGAUGAAAACCGAGACAGUCGUGGGGGCAGUGUUGUCACUUGGUUCCUGAUCUGAUCUAUAGGCUAUGUGAAAUGGUAGCACCUGCUGGAGCCAACUAGCUAGCCAUGUGCUUUUUUUCUCCCAGACCAAAACAUGAAGCCAUAUUUUUUUAAUCAUACAGUACAUUUGAUUAUUUCACAUGGAGAUGUCGAAAGCUAAAAAGGCUGGCUAACAGGCUAAAGCCCACUAGCUAGACUGCCAGCUAGCUACUAUCUAAUAUUUUUAAUAACUAACCCAAGAUUGACCACAGCCUGUUGUUUCCAAUGGGAACACAUUAAUCAUAGUGGGCAGAACAAGCAAGGAGGUGGGCAGAGCCAAGCACGAGCUAGCGAGAUCCUACUAGUGCGUUCUAGCAUGUAUUUGCAUAUUUCUGUUAGGGAAUUCCUACUCUGGAAUUCAUGUUACCAAAAGGUGUCCACUACUCCAAAAAUCUCCACCCACGUGCACGCAGGCACAUAGAUCCACGGUGUGAAGCUUAUAGUAACUGUUGUGGAAAUUCCCCAAUAAGGACUCAAACUCAAUGUAAAUGAACCAAUCUUUAGUAUCACGGUCGGAAAGGUUCACAAACUCAAUCCAAGCAUGAUCAAAACUCUGAAGAGGCCAUUCCCUUUCAGUCCUCUUCUACUGCUACACAAACAAGUCAUAUAAGCAUGAUUUACAUUAUUCAUUAUUCAUCAUUAACGUUGGUUCCUGCACGUGACUGAUUGACACCUCACAAGGCUUCUUCUCUAAAUGCUGGGACCUUGAAACUGAGAUACUCCUUUUGGUUCCCAGAACAGUGUUCUGGGCGUGCUGCCAAUUGGUCUGAGGAGGAGGUCACAGUCACCUGCACAAACCAAGAUGGAGUGAGAGGAGAUGCUGUUUACAAUUCAAGGCUUAGCUCAUCAGACAAUAACAUUUUCUCUCACAUAACCUUUAGAGCAGAUUGAGGUGGUCAGUCAUUGACACCAAAGGUUUUUCUUAUUUGGUCCACAGGCAUAGCUUAGCAGAAGUGCUCCAUAAAUAACCUUUGUUAAAGUCCUUUUAAGACCUAUUAAGUAUUACUGACUAUGACUGAGUGUAGUGUAAGUGAGCUAAGUGUAGUGAGCAUGACUUGAUAUCUAUAGCCAGUGUUAUGAAUAUGAAAUACUGUAUGUAAAAUAUACUGUAUGUGCUUCCAGUGGUGUAAAGUACUUAGGUAAAAAUACUUUAAAGUACUACCUAUGUUUUUUUGUGGCAUCUGUACUUUACUAUUUAUAUUUUUGACAACUUUUACUUUCCUACAAUCCUAAAGAAAAGAAUGUACUUUUUACUCAAUACAUUUUCCCUGACACCCAAAAGUACUUACAUUUUGAAUGCCUAGCAGGACAGGAAAGUGGUCCAAUUCAUGCACGUAUCAAGAGAACAUCCCUGGGCAUCCCUACUGCCUCUGAUCUGGCGGACUCACUAAACACAAAUGCUUCGUUCGUAAUUAUGUCUGAGUGUUGGAGUGUCCCUCUGGCUAUCAAUAAAUAAAUACAAAUAAGAAAAUUGUGCUCUCUGGUUUGCUUAAUUUAAGUAGUUAUAAAUGAUUAAUACUUUUACUUUUGAUACUUAAGUACAGUAUAUUUUAGCAAUUACAUUGACCUUUGAUACUAAAAAUAAAUACUUUUAGACUUUUACAUAAUUAAUAUUUUACUAGGUGACUUUCACUUUUACUUGAGUCAUUUUCUAUAGAGGUAUCUUUACUUUUACUCAAGUAUGACAAUUGGGUACUUUUUUCACCACUGUGUUCUGUAUUC